GUUCAGUGCUCACGAGUUGGUAACGUGAGUGAAAAGGGGAUUUGUGUGAUGUGAUAAUAUGUGAUGGUAUGUGUUUUAAUACUGUUCGUUUUAAUUGACUCUUGAUUGUGUCGAAUUGCAGUAAAUGAGUGCGAAAUUUAUGUUUCAUGGAGGCUAGCUGCGGUGCUAUGGCGGACCUGAUGAGACACUUGUCAAGGUAGUUAAUGUAAUGGGGAAAUAUUCCGUACUGAUGUCGCCCCAAUUAAUAUUUUAUCGUAUCCAAUGGCAGUGUUUGAAAAGAAGAUACCACGGAAAGUUUAUUUAGAUGACACGCAGGUGCUGACAUGCAAAUUUGAGAACACCCAGAACAUCCAAGGGCAUACGGAAUACAUAAUACGGGUGCAACGGGGACCUCAGACGGAGAAAUCUUGGCAUAUUUAUAAACGAUACAAUGAUUUUGUGUCCCUUCAUAAUGUAUUGCAAGUGUCUGGCCUUAAUCUCCCGCUUCCUCCCAAAAAGCUCAUUGGAAACAUGGAAAGAGAAUUUAUAGCUGAAAGGCAAAUUGGACUGCAGAAUUAUUUAAACUACAUACUAAUGAAUCCCAUCUUAGCAUCAUCGUUACCAGUUAAGAAAUUUCUUGACCCUGAAAAUUAUGCAACACCAUCUCAAGGUAUUGCUUCUUUAGAAAGUUUGCUAUACAUUUUAAACUUCAAAUUUCUUAAUCCAGAGAUGCUUAAUUUGGUUCCUAUACUUGAUAUUUAUGUAGAGGUGGCCCUUCAACAUGUCUCAAUGGCACUUAGAAGUGAAGUUAACUAUGAAGUAGUGAAACCAGUACCUGAAAUGGGUUGGAGGCUGCGAAAACAUUACUUCCAACAUCCCAAUAUUCAUCCAAUUGAGUUUGUGAGCUGCAAUGAAGUUGGAGGUUUUGUUAUUCGUCCGUUGCAUACUGCUGGUAGCUUGAGAGACCUUCUUUGUGUUGCUAAACCGAAAAUACAAUUCAUAAAGAAAUAUGGAAAUCCAAAGCAAGUGAAACCUCUAUCUGCCAGUGAAAUAUCUAGUUAUGGUAGGCAAAUCCUUGAAGUGUUGAAAUUUCUAAAUGACAAAGGGCUUCCUUUUGGUCAUCUCCAGACUGGAAAUAUAAUUUUGGAAAAUGGCAAAGUGAAAUUAUUGGACAUAGAGAAUGGUGUUCUAGGUCUACCGUCUUACUAUAGACCUUUCUUUGUGCAACACAAGAAAAUUCAAUCUCUGGAAUCAAUUGAUGUGUACUGUUUUGGUCAUGUUCUUUAUGAAAUGGCUUUUGGUCAUCCAUUACACGAGUCUGUCUGUGAUAUGUUUCCGGCCUUCUGCUGUCCACCUUUAAAGUGUGUGUUGGAAUCCAUACUUUCUUCAGAAGCCUGCAAAGCAGGUCUCCCCACCCUUGGCAACCUCCUCAUGCACCCUUUCUUCGCUCCAUCUCCUCCAGCAGAGCAGGCAACUCCUUCAACACUGGCGGAGCGUCCUCACCUUAAGUUUUCUGCCAACGUUAAAGAGGCACUCAAACAAGCUUGGCAGAAGACUGAAGUAAGACAUCAAAAGCGAUUAGCAAAAGUUCAAGAAUUAUUAAGCUCAGAAGAGGAGAAGAAAAAGAAAAAGCACAGACAGAAAUCUCAAGAACAACACAAAAUGUCUCACUCUCCUCAGCAGCUGCCACAAACUCAGCAGCAUCAACAUCAACACCAACACCAACACCAACAGCAACAAGCACAUCAACAACUACAAAAUCAGAAGCAUCAACAACCAUUACUAGUUUCUAAUGGAAAGUCUCCGGAACGUUCAGAGAGUCCCAACAGCACUAGUACUGCAACUUCUGCUGGCACUGUUACUCCACCUUGUGGUAUAAAUGAAAAUAUUCCACCGCCACCCCUGCCUGUGCUCUUGGCAUCUGCUCAUGGGCAAUCAAGUGUCUCAGCACCAGACUCAAGUAUGCCUGUGGCUCCAGGAAGAUCUGCCUUGCUUGAUUCUAUUUGCAGCUUCAAUAAGUCUGCUUUACGUCACACAAAUACUAAAGAAUUGGUGAAAACUUCUGGUAGAGUGUGCCCAUAAAUUAUUUGUGUUGUACUGUGUGGUUGUGGGAGUUGUAAUGCUCUUUACUGCAAGAAAGUGAAUGUUACCAUUAAAUGUUUUUCUGGAUAAUCUUUCCAGCAAUCUGAGGAAAUAACUUGCAUAUGUAAGCAGCAAAAGCGAGUGCUGUUUAAUGGAUAGAUCAAUUUUUGGGAGCUCAAAAACUCAUACUCAACAGUGCCUAAUUAUAUCAGUCAACAUAUUAGGCUAUUGUUUCUAUGUAGACCAGAUGGUAAUGAAUAUAACAUUUAUAAUCUAAAAAAAUUGGUUUCAGCAGAAGGGCCUUCUUUUGUAAUGCUUUUGCACUGAAAUACAUUUUUGUAUUUUGCAUAUUAUAUUAUUAUAAUAACAAGUAAUUGUACAAUAUUUUGUUGUAGUUAAGAAUGGGUGUUCUUGAAAUUGUUUUCUUAAUUCUGUGUAAUGAUAGCCCAAGACCUUGUAAUUAUCUACAUUUAGAAUAGAUAUGUUUAUAUAGUCAGUUUUUUGUUGCUUUUGGAGAGGAAAGCAAAUAUAGUUAAGUUGUUAAUAUACAAAUCUGAAUCACUGCUAUCAGAUUUCUAUUAGUAGGUUCAUUGCGUUUGCACAUCGUGUGCUGAUCUGUUUAAUAUUUUUAUUACUGCACUUGUAUUAAUGCAAUUGCAGAGUGUUUAUUCUGCUGAAACAAUUUUUUUUAUGAACUAUUUACUCAUAAUAUUGCUGUUGCAGCUGACAUCUUUCAGAAUUGCUGAUUUUGUAUUCAUUUACUAGAUGUUGUGAUGAUGCUUACUGUUCCCAAUCAUUGUUUUGGAAUAUUGGGUGAUUUUAUGAAUUACAAUUAUUAGUAAACAUAAAAUGUCAGUUCUUAUUGUUAUGUGGCUUUUAAUCCAAAUAAGGCAUUGCCUUUAUUGUAUCAUGGAAGGCAUUGAUGCAACAUGACAAUUUCUAUGUUCCUUUUUUAAAUGGAGUGUGAAUCGGUACAGUAUUUAGGAUUAAGUAUAUCAGAUGUUGCUGAAGGAAAAUAUUAAGCCUUUAUGUUGUGAAAAAAUGUAAAGUUCUUUAUUAGAAUAUAUUUACUGUAAAAAAAAAAAGUAUUUAAAUGAUCUGUUAUACUUCAGAUGUUUAUAUGGUUUUCAUCAAAUAUCAACUAUUUGUUCUGGUUCCUGUGUUAUAUAAUAAGAAAUUUUAAGAAUUGAAUUGUUAAUCUUGGCAUUUUGAAUGGCUCAGUUAAUCAAUAUUUAGGGGUACUUAAUUGUCAUCACUACCAUUUCCAAUUUUGGAGGUGAUUGGUGGAAAGUUUUUGACUUCAAAAAUAUAUUUAGUUAUUUGAUGUAUUAGUGUGAACAGAAUGGCAAAGGUAUUGCAAGAUUUUGUGAAUUGGGUGUAUUGUAGGUAGGUGUUGUAUACAUUUUGAAAAAAUAAAAAAAGUGCAUAGUACAUAUGCAUAUAAAGACAGUAUUUAUACACAAGUUGAAAAGCUCUUAGUUUUGUUUUACUCAAAUUUGAAUUUUUUACUUAGAGAAAUUGGACUUAAAUUUAUUUACAUUGGACUGAAAUUUAUUUACACUUCACAAUAUAACCAGUAGAUAUGUUUAAAAUUUUGUGAUAACUAGAAUAUUGCCAAAAAGAGCUACAGUCUGCUUUCCACAACUCAUUUUACUAAUAAUGUAUGUGAAUCAGUGUUUGAGAGAAAUCCAAACUGACAAUGCAGGUAACAUGUAUGCAACCCUUUCUGAAGGCUUUUUGUGGUGAAUACUAUUCCUUGAAGUAUGUGAUGUGAUCACAGAAGUAGAUAAUAUUUUGAUUAGAGGAUCAUUUGAACAUUGCAUUGUGUUGUAGAGAAUUAAUGAAUUAAGUGUCAAUUGAUGUUCUAUUUAAGCUGUCAUUGAAUUAACUGCUUCACUGAGACAUCAAGUGCUUGACUGUAUUGCUAUUGAUUCUGAAGCAUGUGUAAGCCAAACAGUGUUGUCCUAUGUGAACGGUGUGGUCAUUGCUAGGUUCCCUACCUUUCACCAGUCUGGAAUUAAUAAUUUAAAACAUUCAAACAAUAAAAGUGAAUGUGAAUGUAAUUGUAUUGGAAUUAUGACUUGAAGCGAACUACUAAGUAUUUAUUUUUAUGAAAAUAUGUUUCAGAAAGUUAAAAGAAAACACUUUUUUAAAGAAAAGUUUUUAAAUGUGGACUGAUAUUUGAAAAAAUAUGACUUUAAAUAUUCUUUGUGAAGUAGAAUAAGAAUACAAAUAUAAAGCUGAAAAAAACAUGUUGCAUUUUCUGUAUCUGCUUUGUUCAUAAUUGCCAUGAUUCAUGCUUAAGCUGUUGGAAAUUUGUUAUCAAUGUUUGGAACUGAACAUUUUCUUCUUAAAACUUAUAGAACUGAAAAAGUGGGAUUUCCAGCUGGCCUUGUUUCAAAUACAGCUAAACAUUCAAAAUAUCCAUUUAAUCCUAACUUUGGAUCAGACUUUCAAUUCCAAUGCAUUGUAAAUUAAAAAGGGUUAAGAAAUUGUAUAUUCCAUGCAUUUGAAUUAAUGAAUUUAAUUAGAUUAAUUCAUUAAAAUCUUGUUAAAAGUACAUUCAUUGAAGUCUUCAUGUAAUUUAUUUCCUUUUGUUCAGAGUCAGGGUUAAAUGUGUUGCACAUCACAUUGCAGUUCUUAAGAUAAAAACAGUUUUGUGCUCCAGUAUAAACGUCCUAAAAUUAACUUUCAAAAGUUAUUUUUUGACUCGGGAGUUAUAAAAUUGUGUUAGCGAUGGAAAGAGAUUGAUCAGAUUUAUGAAUCGUGUUAUUUUCUCAUAUAUAUUGCUGCUAAUAAAAAGUGGUUUCGUAAGAUAACCAAUACAUUUUAUUUUGUGUUUCUGAAGGUUUGUGAACAAAUAUUUUCAUUUACUUUAUUGUUUGUUUAUUUUUCCCUUUCAUCGUUAGUAAUUUCUGAUUCUUAUUUACAUUUGGAAUUUAUAGUUUUGUCUCGAAGAAAAUAGAAUAAACAUUAAAGAAAUAGUGAGAAUUGUAAUGUACUCUUUAGUUUUAAAAUGCCUUCAAUCUUUGUUUAUCACAAUGGGGCAAGUUGAGUCUAUGAUUUACACUACUUAAUAUUUUUUACAUUUAGAAUGGAAAGUUAUUCCUUUGGAGACAUUUUACGAUGAGAUAAUGUCAUUUUAUUUUAAAUUCACUUGUUUUCUGUAUUAGACACAAUUUCUGCAAAAGUAGUACAUGUUGUGGUGCCAGUGUUUUGUGGUUUUGUGAACAAUAGAUGGAAUUGAAUUAUCAUUUUAUCUGUGAUUGUUGACAAAUCUAUGAUUUUUCUUAUGGAUGUGAUAACUUAAUGCAUUUUGUGUGUUUAGCUCAAAGCAGUUGUGAAUAAUAAGAUAUCAGUAUUUGUGUAUCUAAACUAAAUAUGUAAUUGUUUUCAUCUAUCUGUAAGAUUUGUAUAUGUUACAGUCUUAGCCUCAUUAUAAACAUAAAUGUUUUAUGUCUAUUCAUGUUAAUAAAUGAAAAUUGCAUUUGUUGUUGUAAAUACUGUGUAAUUCAAUUGAGAAUCUCUUUGGAACAGUAUUAGUCACAAAGUCUUCAAAUAUUUGGAUGAUUGGGAUAUUAGCUGAGAAUUCAUAAAGCUUUCAAGUUUCUUUUAUUUGUAUUAAUUCAAAUUUGCAUUUUUAUUAAUUCAGUGUAAGUUGUAUUAGUUCAGUAAUGUUAAUCUGCUAUAGCUAAAAUGGAUUUUCAUGUUGCGCAUCAACCCGAAAUAUGCCUCCUUAUAUCAAUCAUUAUUUCAUCCAAGCUAUAAGUGUUCCUAUUUGAAAAUAAUGAGCUUCCUAUUCAGAAUUUUUCUCUCUACACCAUAAAAGCUUCUUAAAACAUUAAAUUAAAAUUUCAGCAGGGGUAAUGCUGAAUAUUCCAUUAGACUUUAUUUCUUUCCACCUAAUUUGAUAUUACAGUCUAAUGUGUGUGUCUUACAGAUAUCAAAAAAAUCUGAUAACUGUUUUAUUUAUUUAUCAGGUGCACAUCUUUGGCUACAGGUAUUAUUAGAAAUAAAAAUUUCAUUGCCUCUCAUCUAGUUAUUUGGUUGUGUGUCUUUUUGAAGUUGUAGGCUUCUGUGAUCAGAGUUAUGUGAAUGCUGUCAGCUGUAGAGGUGACAACACAUCAAAGGCUGUUUUGCUGAUCUUUCCAUCGUUUUGUAGUCAUCUGCAGGACUGAAGAAGCACUUCAACUCUGAACAAGACUCACAGAGAUCAAAAUGUUGGUAACAGACUUUGACGUGGUGUCACCCUGUGCUCUGAAGAAGACUAAGGUUGCUUCAGCACUUAUAAAACUGUAACAAAAAUUGUCAAAAUAUUGACCACACAGCCUUCGACAUUACAUCACCCAGACAGAUGAGUGUGUUAUGUGAAUUUUUAUUUGAAGGCUUUCAUAGACUUGUAGACUGUUAGUUUUUAACCAUCUUGGUGUUUCUUCAACCACCUGAUGUUUCUUUUGUUAAUGGAGCUUGUAUCGCAUAGUAAUAUUUGUUUAUCAUGUUGUAUACCGUACACCAAUUUAUUUUCAUUUUUGUGUGUUGUUCCACCAAGAAAUGAAUUUAAAAGCAAAGCAGUUGAGCUAGUUUUUAACUCAUGAAAUUAAAAAAUUGGCCUAAUUAUUUUGUUUUGCCAUCCCUGCAGCUCAUAUAGUUUGUAAGAAACUGAUCUGUUUCUACUUGUAUAAAUACAAGUAGAAUUUAUUUCUUCUUGUAAAAAAUUUAGUUGUGCCAUUUUUAAUUAAGUAUAUAUUGUGAUAUUGUUAGUAAUAAAAUAUAGUAAGGGACUUGCUGGAAAUAUAUCACCGGUGUUCCAUAUUUCAUUUGCCUAGUCAUGUAUUUUCUGUUAUGUACGUGGAUGAUCUUGGCAAUUGAUGCCUGAAUUAUUGAAUAUAUAUUGUAGCCCAACAAGCAUGCUUUGUGUGUAAGCUCAUUGUACUA